AUAAUAAGUCUUACUGAAUCAAUGCAGAUAAAGAUGACAGACAUAAUGAAGCUUUUUUACCCUGUUUUAAUAUUUUUGGGAGUAGAGUGUCAGGAGCCUCGGUAUCAUGGGGAAUUUAAUCUGAGGUUUUAUGGGAAGCUUCCAAGCAAGGACUACCAAACCAUUUUCUCAGCAGAGAAUCAAACGUUUGGAAGAACGAUUAAUCAGUGUUCCCAAUUUUGUAUCAGUGACCAACGAUGUAUAGGGAUAGAAAUUUGUCAAAUCAGACAGGAUUUGUUUCAAUGUCGAGUUUGCUGUGAGUGGAAGAAAAUGGGAACAAACAAUAUUGAUGAACAUCCUGGAUGUAAAUACUUAGAAAUGGAAAAUCGGGGCAGUGAAAACUUAGCCAUGAAUGCCACAAUGAGCACAGCUUACAAUAUCAACCACUUAGCAUCAAACGCAGUAGACGGUAUCACAACUUGCAUUAUAGAAUCAUCACCGGCUCGAGUGGCGCACACUGAUCUGGAGAUAAGACCAUGGCUGAAGAUCAUUCUGAAGAAUUCCGUCAAUGUUAAGGAAGUGUUGAUUUACAACAGGCAAGAUUGCUGUGGGGAAAAAUUUCAUAACGUCGAGGUGAAUGUAACAGAAAACGGACAGAAAACUCCAUGUGGAUUUUAUCCUGGUCCUGGUGAAAGUAAAGACCGCAUAUUAUUUCUGUGUGAAAAUGGCGCCCGAGGAGAUGGCGUCAUAAUAUCCAUUGUGCGAAAUGAACAGCCCGUAUAUUUAGGUGUAUGUGAAGUCGAGGUUUUUGGUCAGCCUUAAGAUGUAGACAUGUAGCCCUUUCAUGAGGUCAAUUCUUAUUUACAUUGACUUUACAGAAAAAAUAUAUCGACCAAGCACAGGCGUGAAGUAAAUGUUUGGGUUUUUUCAGGGAUUGCACAAAUGAAAGAACUACAUUUACUCACUUUUAUCUGCAACCGUCUAAUUUGUAAGAUUAUUAUUAAAAAGAUUUUUAUAAUCUGAAGAAAAACACAUCCCUAGAAAUUAACGCUCAAUCCAAGUACUCUCUGAUUAACAAUACAUGUAUAUGUUUGCUAAAAAUAUAGGAAAUAAAACUUCUUAGA